GUUACUCAACUCACGUGGUUUGCACGCGUGCUAAUACUCGUGCAAAACCUCGUUUGGGGUACCCAAAAUACCUUUCCAAGGCUUUUUGAGAAGUACCCCUUCCCGAUCCUCAUCAACUCAUCCUUCCCGAAGCUCGCAGAUGUCUUCAGAAUAGGAAAAAACUUUUUGCGUCUGUGUGUCCUACGUGUGACCCAGCAGAGCGAAAAACAUCUGGACAAGAUUCUGAAUGUGGAUGAAUUCUUGAGGCGUAUCUUCUCUGUCAUCCACAGCAAUGACCCCAUCGCCAGGGAACUUACUUUGAGGGUUUUGGGCAGCAUUGCCUGAAUCAUCAGUGAAAGGAAGAACACUCAUCACAGCAUCCGCACCAGUCUGGACUCCCAUGAUGAAGUGGAGCUGGAGGCAGCAAUAUUUGCUGCAUCUUGUUUCGCAGCUCAGUCCAGAACAUUUGCUGUUGGAAUUUGCAACAAGAUAGCAGAGAUGAUUCAAGGUCUUGCCACUCCAGUUGAGAUGAAGCUGAAACUGAUCCCCAUCUCCCAGCACAUGCAUCAUGAUGCUCAGACAGCAGCCAAGGUGCGGCAGCUGUGUGUGGACAUGCUGCCCUAAUACCCUGCCCGUGGGUUCGUCAUAGUCACCCUCCACACACUCUCACUGCUGUCUGCUAUAAAGACUCUGAUUGACAUCCCACAGCAGGUUGAGCUGUUAUUACAUUAUCUACAACAAGAUCCACGUCGGGCCAUUAAGCUGAAGGUGCUGAGUGACACUCGCGCAAUGCUCCAGAGCCGUAUCGCGCCAGUUUGUAAAAGAGUUCUAUAGAGAUCAUGUCGACAGUUUGAAGAAAACCGACCCUUCUGAGUGGCACAAACAAGUACGACGCCUGGCUAACCUCUCCAAACCCGCUUCCACUGUCCAUGUUCCAGGUGUGAACCAGCCAGACAUCUGUACCGUAGCCGGAGCUAUCAACGGGCACCUAGCCACAAUCUGUCAGGCUCUGCCUCCGCUUGACCGGGACAAACUCCCGACAUUCUUACCGACUAGUCCGCCGCCCCAAAUCGAACCUUGGCAAAUGUACCACUGCCUGAAAAAGGUCAAAGUAAGAAAAGCCCCAGGUCCAGACGCUAUCCCGCCUACCCUAAUAAAAGAGUUUGCUUAUGAACUUGCUACGCCCCUUACCGAUAUCAUGAACGCAUCUCUUCAACAAGGCAGUGUACCACCUGAG